GGCGUUCACAGUCAGGAAGUCAUGUCCAGAUCGGGUGAUAGAACAUCCACCUUUGACCCAACACACAGUGACACCCUGCUGCAUGGGCUCAAUCUCUUAUGGAGGAAACAGCUUUUCUGUGAUGUGACUCUCACUGCCCAGGGACAGCAGUUCCACUGCCACAAAGCAGUGCUGGCAUCCUGCUCCCAGUACUUCAGGUCUCUCUUUUCCUCCCACAAUGUAAUCAACAGUGAGGGUAGCAAAGGGGACCAGGGGAGCAGUGGGACCCCCUCAUCUUCCCCUGAUGACAAGCUGGUGACCACCAGCACCAGGCCCAUCAAUAACCUGGUACUCCAGGGCUGCUCCUCCAUUGGACUACGGUUAGUGCUGGAGUACCUGUACACUGCCAACGUGACUCUUUCCCUGGACACGGUGGAAGAGGUGCUGUCAGUCAGCAAGAUACUCAACAUCCCCCAGAUCACCAAGCUCAGCGUGCAGUUCCUCAAUGACCAGAUCUCCGUGCAGAACUACAAGCAGAUCUGCAAGAUUGCAGCGCUCCACGGACUGGAUGAGACCAAGAAGCUGGCCAACAAGUACCUGGUGGAGGACGUGCUGCUGCUGAACUUUGAGGAGAUGUGUGCCAUGUUAGAUGCUCUGCCGCCCCCGGUGGAGUCAGAGCUGGCUCUCUUCCAGAUGUCAGUCCUCUGGCUGGAGCAUGACCGGGAGACUCGCAUGCACUAUGCCCCGGACCUUAUGAAGAGGCUGCGCUUCGCCCUCAUACCUGCCCCCGAGCUGGUGGAGAGGGUGCAGUCGGUUGACUUCAUGAGGAGUGACCCUGUGUGCCAGAAACUGCUUCUUGAUGCCAUGAAUUACCACCUGAUGCCCUUCAGGCAGCACUGCAGGCAGACCAUGGCCAGCAGAAUCCGUUCCAAUAAGAGAAUGCUGUUACUGGUGGGUGGUUUGCCUCCUGGACCUGAUCGUCUCCCCAGUAAUUUGGUCCAGUACUAUGACGACGAGAAAAAGACAUGGAAGAUCCUCACAAUAAUGCCUUACAACAGUGCCCAUCACUGUGUGGUGGAGGUGGAGAACUUCCUGCUGCUGCUGGGUGGAGAAGACCAGUGGAACCCCAACGGAAAGCACAGCACUAAUUUUGUCAGCCGCUAUGAUCCCAGAUUCAACAGUUGGAUACAGUUGCCUCCCAUGCAGGAGAGGAGAGCCAGUUUCUUUGCCUGCCGCCUGGAUAAGCACUUGUACGUGAUUGGUGGCAGGAAUGAGACGGGCUACCUCUCCAGCGUGGAGUCCUACAACCUGGAGACUAAUGAGUGGAACUAUGUGUCAUCUCUGCCGCAGCCUCUGGCCGCCCAUGCAGGAGCAGUGCACAAUGGGAAGAUAUACAUCUCAGGAGGAGUCCACAAUGGAGAGUAUGUUUCCUGGCUCUAUUGUUAUGAUCCUAUAAUGGAUGUGUGGGCCAGGAAACAGGAUAUGAACACAAAGCGUGCCAUUCAUACCUUGGCUGGAAUGAACGACCGCCUCUAUGCUAUUGGAGGAAACCAUUUGAAAGGUUUCUCCCAUCUAGACGUGAUGUUGGUGGAGUGUUACGACCCGAAAGCUGACCAGUGGAACAUCCUGCAGACGCCCAUCCUGGAGGGCCGCAGCGGUCCUGGCUGUGCUAUUUUGGAUGACAGCAUCUUUCUAGUGGGGGGCUACAGCUGGAGCAUGGGGGCCUACAAGUCUUCCACCAUCUGCUACAGCCCAGAGAAAGGGACAUGGACAGAGCUGGAGGGAGAGGUGGCAGAGCCCUUAGCGGGCCCGGCCUGCUCGACCGUCAUACUGCCUGCCUGCCUUCCCUUUAACAAAUGA